AUGAGGGAGUGCAUUUCGAUUCACAUCGGUCAAGCUGGUAUUCAGGUCGGCAAUGCCUGCUGGGAACUUUACUGCCUUGAGCAUGGCAUUCAUCCUGAUGGCCAGAUGCCGAGUGACAAAACCGUUGGUGGAGGUGAUGAUGCAUUUAACACUUUUUUCAGCGAAACUGGAGCUGGAAAGCACGUCCCUCGCGCUGUUUUCGUAGAUCUUGAGCCCACUGUCAUUGACGAAGUGAGGACUGGAGCAUACCGUCAGCUCUUCCACCCUGAGCAACUCAUCAGUGGCAAGGAAGAUGCUGCCAACAACUUUGCCCGUGGCCACUACACCAUUGGGAAAGAGAUUGUUGAUCUCUGCUUGGAUCGCAUCCGGAAGCUUGCUGACAACUGCACUGGCCUUCAGGGUUUUCUUGUUUUCAAUGCUGUUGGUGGUGGUACUGGUUCGGGCCUUGGGUCACUUCUGCUGGAGCGGCUUUCUGUUGACUACGGCAAGAAAUCAAAGCUUGGUUUCACCAUUUAUCCCUCACCCCAGGUUUCUACAUCUGUUGUGGAGCCCUACAACAGUGUCCUGUCAACCCAUUCCCUUCUUGAGCAUACUGAUGUUGCUGUGCUUCUUGACAACGAGGCCAUUUAUGAUAUCUGCAGGCGCUCCCUUGACAUUGAGCGCCCCACUUACACCAAUCUUAACCGCCUUAUCUCCCAGGUGAUUUCUUCACUUACUGCUUCUUUGAGGUUUGAUGGAGCCUUGAAUGUCGAUGUGACUGAAUUUCAGACCAACCUUGUGCCCUACCCCCGGAUCCAUUUUAUGCUUUCCUCAUAUGCUCCUGUUAUUUCAGCUGAGAAAGCCUAUCAUGAGCAACUCUCUGUGGCAGAGAUCACCAAUAGUGCUUUUGAGCCUUCGUCUAUGAUGGCAAAGUGUGACCCACGCCAUGGCAAAUAUAUGGCUUGCUGCCUGAUGUUCCGUGGUGAUGUUGUGCCAAAGGAUGUGAAUGCAGCUGUGGCCACCAUCAAGACCAAGCGCACUAUCCAGUUUGUCGACUGGUGCCCAACUGGAUUCAAGUGUGGUAUCAACUAUCAGCCACCAACAGUCGUUCCUGGAGGUGACCUUGCAAAGGUGCAGAGGGCUGUGUGCAUGAUUUCUAACUCAACCAGUGUUGCUGAGGUGUUCAAUCGCAUUGACCACAAGUUUGAUCUCAUGUAUUGUAAGCGUGCCUUUGUGCACUGGUAUGUGGGUGAAGGGAUGGAGGAAGGCGAGUUCAGUGAAGCUCGUGAGGAUCUUGCUGCUUUGGAAAAAGAUUAUGAGGAGGUUGGUGAAGAGUCUGGUGAGGGUGAGGACCCGGACGAAGGAGACGGGUAUUGAUUUGUGGGUGUGCUGUUUUCUUAUCUGGUUUCCUUACUGUACAUUGGCAUUAUGUAGUGUUGGGUGUUGUUUCUGUGUUCUCACCAUGGCUAUAUGUCCUCUAAACUCUGGAAAGAGUUUUGUUUGUUUAGCACUUGUGAUACAUAUUCUGAAGAUACAAUAAUGAUGCUGUGAUUGGUGCUUUGCUCGUAUAAUGGUAAAAGCUUCUGUUUACAUAUAUAUGUGGUUUGAAUUGUUGACAUGAAUCCCUUUUUUUUUUCACUAUUUCUGUUGCAAUUGUAUUCUUAUUGAUUUGUGACGGCAAUAAUUAAGCUAAGGAAGGUG